AUGCGGCGUAGCCUGUACCUGGCGCCACCAUACCUCGUCGAUGACUACAUCCCCCGUUAUCAUCUACUGUCUUCGGUGGACGCGUCUAAGAAGCGAUCUUUGGCCUAUGCACACCUGCGCGAAUGCAACUUAUGCCCCCGCCUUUGCGGCGUCAACCGCUACGAGAAGACAGGAGUGUGCCUGAUCGGUGCAGAGACGGUCAAGGUGGGAACAAUCGCGCCACACUUUGGCGAGGAGCCAUUCAUCCAAGGCCACAACGGCUCGGGGAGUGUCUUCUUUAGUGGUUGUAACCUUCGUUGCGUGUUUUGCCAGAACCAUGACAUCUCACAUACGCGUAACGGAUUUGACCUGACACCCGAGGGUCUUGCCGAAUGGUACAUGAAGCUGCAAGAUGUUGGCCGUGUCCACAACAUCAAUCUCGUCACGCCAGAACAUGUGGUGCCACAGGUGGUACUGAGCAUUCUGCAUGCGCGCGAACUCGGCCUGCGCUUGCCUAUCAUCUACAACACAUCAGCGUUUGAUUCGCUCGAGAGCAUUGGCUUGCUUGAUGGAUUGGUAGACAUCUACAUGCCUGACUUCAAGGUGUGGCGUGACACAACGAGCAGACGUCUUCUCAAGGCAGACAAGUACACGGAAGCGGCUAUGGAGAGCAUCAAGGCCAUGCACAAGCAGGUUGGCGAUCUCUGUUUUAGUGCAGAUGGUAUAGCCAAGAAGGGUGUCAUUGUGCGACACCUGGUCAUGCCAGGCAUGGAAGACGAAGGCCAGGAGAUUGUGAGGUGGCUUGCGCAGAACGUUAGCAAGGACUUGAUGGUGCACAUCAUGGAGCAGUACUUUCCACGGGCUCAUGUGGGUAAGCCACGCCGCGGUCGUGCAAACUCUGAUGGUGAGCCGUCGUCGGACGCUGGCGAUCAAGUUCGGUAUGCAGACAUCAAUCGUCCUGUGCAUCUGGAUGCGGUUGCAGCUGUGAAGAAGGCAGCACAAGAAGCCGGGCUAUGGAGAUUUGUCGAAGCGUCGCGCCAUGGCGGUUUCAACAUUUAA